AUGAUUGGGAAGACCGGAUGUGGUAAAAGUGCAACCGGUAAUACCAUUCUCCAGAAAGAAGCUUUUCUCUCAUUAUCAAGUUGUUCAUCGUGUACAAAAAACUGCAGACGCGGCGAAAACAUUUACGAUACAGGGAGCAAAAAAUACAAUCUUGUUGUUGUAGAUACUCCAGGAUUAUAUGACACUAACACUAAGAUGACAAACGAAGAGGUAUCUAAAGAAAUCGUCAAGUGCGUCGGAAUUAGCUCCCCAGGUCCUCAUGCUAUUGUAUUUGUUGUAUCUCUUGCAGGUCGAUUCACGGAAGAGGAAGCCGCAACAUCAAUGCAUUUCACCAAACUGUUUGGAGAAAAACUGAUGGAUUAUAUGAUCAUUAUUUUUAGCUAUGGAGAUAACAUCGACAAGGAAAAUUCUAUUGAAAAAAGAUUAGCAGAGGCACCUGCUCCUCUCAAACUUCUCCUAAAAAAAUGUGGAAACAGGUGUGUGGUUUUCAAUAAUAAACUGGCAUCAAAAGAUAAAAAGAAGAAACAAUUAAAGGUAUUAAUAGAUGUUGUUGAAAAAAUGAUCGAAAACAAUGGUAGGUCGUUUUAUACUGACAAAAUGUUCAAGGAGGCUGAGGAAGAACUUCAAAAGGCAAUGGAAAAACUGAAAGCCGAAAAUGAAAAAUUACAGGCGGUUGAUCUCCGUAAAACUGUACGAAAUGAAGUAGAGGAGGAAGGCAGUAUGUUAUCAAACAUUGGUCAAUGUAUAUUAACCGUUGGGCAAGGAGUGGCAGCAGCAGCAAUAGAGGCCACAGGGGUUCCUCGCCUGGUGAAUGGUAUUGCCAGCUGGUUAGGGCAGUAG